AUGCACCCUGUUGUAGCACCAUUCGCAUCAGAGGCGAUUGCUAAGCUGGGUGGCUCGGUAACUAUUCCCGAGCCACCAGGCUUAGCAAUCGCCUCUGAUACGAUCGGCGAGAGUUGGCGGGGUGCCCGCCUCGCAACACUGCUCAUUCAUCAUCAUCACCAAACUCGCGAGUGCCCACCAGCUUGGCAUAAUCCGCAAUCAUCCUUGAGGGCGUCACUAUCAAUCAAUCAUCGACUUCGAUACAUUAUUGGGAUCCUUUCCGUCGGAGACAUGGGGAUGGGCAUCGCCAAACUGCUUGUCUCCAAAGGCUUCUCAGUCGCCACAAAUGGUCAAGGUAGGAGCCCGGCAACAAUCGCCAGAGCCCGCAGCGCCAACGUUGAGGUCCUAAGCUCCGACGUUCACCUUGUUGAGUCGCGACCGUUCAUCCUCUCCGUCGCACCACCGCGAGACGCGCUCAGCAUCGCUCGACGCAUCAUCGACGCGGCAGCAACAACAAAACUAGAAAAGCCGCUCUACUUCAUCGACCUCAAUGCCGUCUCGCCAGCCACCUGCAAGCAAAUGAGCCAGAUGUUCAAAGAAGCCAAGAGUCCCGUCCGUUUUGUCGAUGGCUGCAUCAUCGGCGGGCCGCCAAAUCUCAAGCUCAAUAGCGCAGCGGAGCAAUGGUACGUCCCAAGCAUGCCGGCAUCCGGACGGUAUCCCAUCAGCGAAGUAUGCGCAGAGCUCGCAGAGGCAUUGAACAUGCGCCACAUCUCAACCGAGGUCGGCGCAGCGAGCGGGUUGAAGAUGUGCUUCGCGACGACGACCAAGGGCUUCAUGGGUUUGGCGAUUCAGGCAUUCACCACAGCGUCCAAGCUCGGUGUCGUGGAUGAGCUGCGCAACGAGAUGAGUGAGGCGGCGCCGGGCUUGCUCGAUUUUGCUGAAAAGUCUGUCCCGCUUGUGCCGCCAAAGUCGUACCGGUGGGUGCGGGAGAUGGAGGAGAUCUCCGAUACCCACCGCGCCGAGGGCGGCUUUGAGGCUGAGAAUGAUGUGUUCCGCGGCAUGGCGGAGUUGUAUCAGGCCAUGGCGGAUGAUCCCGUCCUAGGUACCGAGAAGGUUGGGGAGAGGAAACGAGGGACGACGAUCGACGAUCUGGCUGCUGCGCUUGGGGACGGCUUGGCCACCAGAAAGCAAGACAAAGACAUAAUUGAUGUUCUUGUGCGCUUCAUCUUGGGUCUACGGGCUGCUGGUUCCGGUCUCAUAGCGCCCGCACUUUCGGAUUCUUCCCUCUUCCCCAAUAUCCUCCGACCAGCAACACCAACGAUGAGACUCGACCUGGGGGACUCGGCAAGCAAUGGCUUCACAGCGGGGCCAGGAUCGUCCUCAAGGGCAUGGGAUCGCGACGUGAAGCUCCCGCCCGAGGAACCCAGCUUGCAUCUCUGCUCAAGACACCGCGUCAUGGACCUCACGCAGUCCGAUUUUGCAGCUAGGCCUCAGAAACACGCCCUGCCGCCCGACUGGCACUUUGGUACUUUAUCAGACGUUAUCAAACGGAGUGAUUACUGCAGGUUCUGCAAGAUGAUCGCCUCAUCCGUCUCUACGAACAACUACAAAGACGACGUCGAGGUUCUAGGCUGUUGGGUCCCGGAUGUGACCUUUGAGGGGACCGACAGUAAGGACACAGAGAAGCCUACAAUGAACACACUGAGGUUACGGAUUGCUCCGGAGAUGGUGGGAUGGGAGGACGCUUUCGCCCCGUUUGAUAUUGUUCCUCUGGCGACUAAAUCCGAGAACGAUAUGUUCAAGGGAAGAUCCAUCGACGAGAGGUCUAUCGACGGCGAUCUUCUAAAGACAUGGUUACGGACUUGCGAAGAGAAACACCACAUCCUUUGCUGGCGCAAAGAUGAGCACGCGGUCGGCCUCAUUGAGCCAUUCAUUCGACUUUUAGAUCUCAAGGACAAUUGCCUCGUACAGAAGUCUGAUCUUCCUAAAUUUGUCGCACUCAGUUACGUCUGGGGUAGAGGGGCAGUGAACUACAAACUCACAACUGAUAAUAUUGACGAACUCUUCAAGCCUGGCGGACUAAGCAACAAUUUCGACAAGCUGCCCAAGACGAUUCAAGACUCCAUCAAGCUGACUGCCCUUCUCGGUCACCAAUAUCUGUGGAUCGACUCACUCUGCAUCAUUCAGAAGGGCAACGAUGACGACAAUAAGGUACAGCUUGCACUCAUGGACGUUAUCUAUAGCAGAGCCUCUUUCACGAUUGUUUCCGCCAAUGGCGAAGAUGCGAAUGCUCGACUAUACGGCAGUCCUGGAAUCGACAGGAGUAAGAAGCAGUAUACCGCCGAGUACUCAUCCGACCUCACACUUCUCUCUCUCGUCCCCGACUUCGAGGACGGGGUUCAGCAAAUUUACUGGAACACGCGAGGUUGGACGUACCAGGAACGACUACUCUCACGUAGGCUCGUCUUCUUCACCGACAACACGGUCUACUUCCAGUGCGGCCAGAUGACUUGCAGCGAAGACUUCAACAUGCUUCGCGACGAUGUCACCCAGAGCGCCUCCCAGCAGAAUAUCACCUUGUCUCGCGGGGAGGCGCCGCCGACUCUGACCCGGCGGCACCAGUAUCGCCUAGGCAUCUCGCCCGAAUUCUACUAUCGCAUGGUCACGGAGUACACAUCACGCGAGAUGAGUCACACAGAUGACCGCGCCAAUGGUUUCAAGGGUAUCUUGAACGUCAUCGAAAAAGUGCCCGAGUACAAAGGGGUCUUUGUAUGGGGUACCUGGGCGAAAGAUUUGCUUGCUUUUUCUCUGUUGUGGCAGCCGCGACAGGAACUCAGCAGGGUGGUCAAGUACAAGUCCGAUCCUCCACUUAUUCUCUACCCGUCAUGGUCGUGGGCAGGCUGGACGGGGGCCGUUCGCUUUGACGACCUUGACGACUGGAACGGCUUGCCUGCCCUCGAGAGUCCGUUCGAUCGGGUUCGUCCAGCAGGCUGGGGCGUCUCUCUUGAGCUGAACAAAAAAGAGACGUUAGAAAAACCCGACUUUUACUUACGACUACGAACCAGGGUCGGGAAAUUCAGGCUCACUCUUCACGAUAGGAGCGGAGCCCUGAAGCCACCCUCGCUGCCGGAUGUCAAGGAACCACACCCUGUGCGCUUUGGUAUCACGCACUCUGCCGCCCGGAAGGAAGGAGGCGAGGACGAAUGGCUUGGGUCUAUCCUGAUGCCCAAAAGCUAUAGGCAGAAGCUGGGAGGUCCCUAUGAGUUUGUUGUUCUCUCAGACGCGUACGGCUUCUCGGGAGAGGAGCUCUCGAGCCAUGCCAGCCAAAAGCCUUGGGAGGCUGUCAACGUGAUGUUGAUAUAUCGCAGUGGCACGAAGGGACAAGAUUCAAAGGCUGUUCCGGUUGUUCAACGGGCUGGCGUGGGCAGGAUGUUGAAGUCUACAUGGGACGAGAUCUCAACGGAGUUGGAGGAGAUUUUGGUCGAUCCCAACAUGCUGCGGAUCCAAACCCGAGAAGCAGGGCAUUAG